AUGGCGACCAUGGCUUCUGCAGCGUUUGAGCACCCCAAGAUUGACUGGGAAGCUGCGGAUUUAUAUCAAAAGUUUGAGAGGUUCCGCAGCCACGUUGAUUUUGUUUUUGCCGGUCCCCUCUCGGAGCUUGAACCAAAACAACGAGCGGGCUGGCUGGGAACGUGGAUAGGCGAACAAGGCAGAGAGAUCAACAGGACGUUAAACUGGGCCGACGACGGUGAGAAACAAGAUCCGGUCAAAGUUUUGAACAAGAUUGCCGGCUAUAUACGGCCGAGGAAGAACAAAAGAAUAGCACGCCAUUGUUUCAAGCAAAGGAAACAGGGUGCCACUGAGGGCUUCGACCACUUUGUGAAGGAUUUGAAGCUUCUACUGAUGGACUGUGAGUAUGCAGACUCAGAUGACAUGCUGAUUGAUGCAAUAAUAGCGGGAGUAAGGGAAACACGUGUCCAGGAAAGACUGUUGGAUAAAGGGGAGGAACUGACACUGGCUAAGGCCAUAGAAAUUCCCCAGCAGUUCGAAAUGUCACAAAAACAAAUGUUGAUUGUCAUAGAGGAAGAUUUACAAGUGUCAUCUGUGUCCACCAGAUCCAAGCUCACAGUCUACAAUAAAAAGCCACAGAGCUAUGCGCAGCCAAAGCCUAUUCAACAAAAACAGGCUGCAGGAAAUCAAAAUAAGUGCCUGAAAUGUGGGAAACCCCCCCAGCAUCCAUGGAAUCAAGGAAAAUGUCCUGCACAAGGUUCCACGUGUUCAUACUGUCACAAACUAAACCACUGGGCAGCAGUGUGUCGCAGCCAUGCCUUGAGCUCAGUGAGUGUGGAGUCCGCCGAAGAGGACCCACAACAAGAUGAAGAAAUAUUGGAUAUAAGCCUGACACAGGAAGACACUCCAGUAGCCAUAGUAGCAGAUGACAAGUGGGUGGUGAGCAUCUGUGUUCUUUCUCGGGAGGUGCGGUUCAGAAUAGAUACUGGUGCAAAGUGCAACACACUAACCCUGGACUGUUAUCAGCUACUGAAUCACCAGGGAGAGCUAAAAUGCUCCAACAGAAUACUGCGCUCCUAUUCAAACCACAGGCUGAGGCCAGUAGCUGCAGUCGACCUUUCACUCACAUACAAGGACAGGGAGACCAAAGCGGAGCUGGAGAUAAUAAACAUUGCACAAGAGAAUGUGCUCAGUGGUGCUACUGCUGAGGCUUUAGGCCUAAUUGUUCGACUCAACUCCCUGCAGGAUGGCAUCAACAGGUGCAAGGUGAGCACUGCGAAUGCCGCACAGAAACCAAAUGUACCCGUAGGCCUGCGUGAUUUUCCAGAGCUGGCACGCACUACAGGGACUUUGCCAGGAGAAUACACAAUUAAAAUUGAUCCAGAUGCAAAGGGUGUUGUGCAUCCAGUACGCCGGCAACCAGCAGCGCUCAGAGAAAAGAUACAGGACAAGCUGACUGAGAUGGUGAGAGAUGGUUACAUCACAAAAGUGGACCAACCCACAGAGUGGGUCAGUUCUAUGGUGGUUGUCACACGCAAGGACAAGAUAAGAAUCUGCAUAGAUCCAAGUGACCUGAACAAAGUAAUUAAAAGGGAACACCACCCAAUGCACACCAUAGAAGAAGUGAUUUCCACCAUUCCAGGUGCAAAAGUAUUCUCAGUCUUGGAUGCUAAAUCUGGGUUCCUCCAGAUAGAGCUGGAUGAAGCAUCAUCCUUUCUCACAACAUUCAACACUCCGAUAGGGAGGUUCAGAUGGCUGAGACUGCCCUUCGGGAUCAAAAGUGCACCAGAGAUAUUUCAGCGCAUCAUGGACCAGAUGCUUGAAGGAAUUGAUGGAGCCACAGCCGUCAUGGAUGACAUCCUGAUUGCAGCUCCUACAAUGGCAUUACAUGACUCAAUACUCCGCAAAGUAGUCGAGAGAGCCACAAGCUACAAUCUUAAGCUUAACUUUGAAAAGUGUCACAUUCGCCAGUCGACAGUGCCAUAUGUGGAGCCACCUAAUCACGUCUGAUGGUCUGAAGCCUGACCCUGCAAAAACUGAAGCAGUGAGGUGCAUGCCACCACCUACGGACAAGGACGGUGUCCGUCGCUUCCUGGGUUUUGUGACGUACCUGUCAAAGUUCAUUCCAAAUCUAAGUGAGGUAGACGCUCCACUGAGACAGCUCCUUAAGAACAACGUUGAGUUCAGAUGGCAGCCAGCACAACAAAAAGCAUUCAAAGAGCUCAAACAGCUAUGUAUACAAGCUCCGGUGCUAAAAUAUUAUGACCCAGCCCAGCCUGUGGAGAUUUACAGUGACGCCAGCAGCACUGGACUGGGAGCGGUGAUACUGAAGGAGGACCAUCCUAUUGCCUUCUCGUCCAGAUCACUGACAGAUGCAGAGACGUGCUAUGCGCAAAUCGAGAAGGAAAUGCUCUCCAUUGUCCAUGCCUGCAUUAAGUUUCACCAUUACAUAUUUGGGAGACACGUUACGAUAUACAACGACCACAAGCCACUUGAGGAUAUUCACAAGAAGCCGCUGUUGUCCACUCCUAUGCACGUCCAGAGAAUGCGCCUGCGGCUACAGUGGUACGAUUUCACAGUGAAAUACAGAAGAGGAAAGGACAUGGAGCUGCCGGACACCUUGUCCAGAGUGCAGCUGAGGGACAGCACACCAGAGGCAGGUAGCCUGGGGUGUGUCUCCAUGCUCAACUUUGUGUCGGUGAGUGAGCAGAAAUAUUCAGAACUUCAAGAACACUCAGACGAGGAGUUGGGCCUUCUCCAGCAGAUAAUUCAGCAAGGCUGGCCGAGUCGUCGAAGAGAAGUGCCCAUUCUUGUUCAGCCAUACUGGGACUCAAGAAGCCAACUGACUGUGUGUGAUGGCAUAGUGUUCAAGGGCUUGCGUAUUGUGGUGGCUCCCACCAUGCGAGCACACAUGCUGAAGCUCAUACACCAGUCUCACCUAGGAAUGGUGAAAAGCAAACAGCGAGCUCGUGAGGUGCUAUACUGGCUGGGCAUGAGCGCUGAAAUUGAAAACAUGAUCAGGAAUUGCUGCAAGUGUGCCGAGAUCCAAAACAGACUUCCCAGAGAGCCACUUAAACCGACUGAAACUCCAGAGCUACCAUUUGAAGAAGUGGCCUCGGACCUGUUCGAGUUUGAAGGCAAACACUACAUUAUAUUAGUGGACUACUACUCAAAAUACAUCGAAGUAGAUGAACUGAAGGAUCUGCGCAGCUUAUCUACAAUUGGGGCUCUGAAGGCUCAAUUUUCUAGACAUGGGAUUCCCUCCAUUCUGCGAACAGAUGGAGGCCUGCAGUAUUCAUCAGAAGAAUUCAAAGAGUUCUGCAAGAGUUAUGGCGUACUGCACAAGACCUCAUCUCCACAGACGCCACAUUCUAAUGGCGAGUCGGAAAGGGGGGUGCAAACAGUUAAGAGACUUUGGAGUAAAGCGUCAGACAAGCACCUGGCACUACUGGAUUACAGAACCACUCCACUGGAGUCCGUGGGCCUGUCACCAGCUCAGCUGCUCAUGGGCAGAAGGCCUCGCAACAAACUGCCUGCUGCUCGUGUGCUGCUUGCACCCAUGGCCUAA